CCCUUCUUCGGUUCUGGAAUUAUUCUCCGCCAAAACCAGAGAGAGAGGGAGAGAGGGAUGGAUAGCGACAUUGAAGAAUCGCAGAAGAAGAGACUUAGAAAGAGCUCGUUUCCCGGGGACUAUUCUCGCAAGUCUAACGUCUGGGGAACUAAUACAGCAACUUGAGCAGUUUCCCCAACGUCCUUUUGGCAUAAUGGGAGAAGUGAAUUUUAUACAAGAUGAUGAUAUCCGUUUAGAGACUACACGAGCUAGAUUUUUUAAUGUUCUCAAACGACAUGGUGUGUUAGUAGAGCGUCUUUCCAGGGAUUCUGACAAGAUGAUUUUUGAGCGUCUACAAAAUGAAUUUGAAGCUGCGCGAUCUUCUCAAACUCAAGAGAUUUAUUUAGAUGGCGAAGAGUGGAAUGAUGGGCUACUAGCUACCAUAAGAGAAUGGGUUCACAUGGAGGUAGACAGAAAGGCAAUAUCGGGAGACACAAAUGAUUUGGCCAGUCCUCUUGUUCAGGAAAAAAUUACGUACAAAGUUGGAAGUAAGGUGAUUUGCUGCUUGGAAGGGGCAAGAAUUGGAAUACAAUAUGAAACAUCUUUUGCAGGAGAAUCUUGUGAGUUGUAUCAUUGUGUGCUUGAGAGCAAGUCGUUUCUUGAAAAGAUGACGGUCUUGGAACACACACUUCCAUUUUUUUUGCCAAUAAGGGAAGCAGAAAAUGAUCUUCUUUCAUCAAAUGCUAUGAAAUUUAUAGAUCAUAUUGGAGAACUUUUACAGGCUUAUGUGGAUAGACGGGAACAGGUUCGGCUUGUGAAGGAAUUGUACGGAAACCAAAUUGGAGAACUUUAUCAUAGCCUGUCCUACCAGAUGAUUGAGUUUUCACUAGAUGAUUUUGAUUGUAAGGUAACCGUUGCACUUAGAUAUGUGGAUCUUGUCUCUGUACUUCCUUCUCGUAUCAAAGUACUAGCAUGGCCAGUGCAACAAUCCAAGAAAAAUAGUUUGAAUACAUUGACUAUGAGUAGAAAGGAAAAUGAGAUUAUUGCAGGUCAAACUGGUCCCGUUCACCUGCUCUAUGCCGAGGACGCAUUACGAAACAUGAGCCUACCGGAAGCUUAUGCAGAGAUUGUGCUGAAUUUGCCACGAGCUCUGCAGCAAAUAUUUCAGUAGAGGGCUUCCUCUUAGUGCUUCAUUCUCUUUUUCUGUAAUGGUUUACUAUUUGAAGGCAAGUUGAUUGGACUCGAGCUCUUGGUUGGCUAUCAAGAAAUAAGAUAUAGCAUUACUCUUCUAUUUUAAAUAUAAUGUUUAUUCUUAUCACUGUAUAUAUUAGAAAUGUAUGGCCUUAGGCCCUUAGUUUACUACUGUCGGUGUCUUUUUGUCGAUAAAUACUUGUAUCAUACUAUUUCAUCUCUUCAAAUUGUCAUGACUUAUUUCAACGGAUACA